AUGUGUAACAGUUUACUUAGCUUUGCCAUAGCUGUAGUGUUACUAUCUAUUUCAUUUUCCUACUAUUUUACAAAAAUGAAUUCAAAUACAGAUCUAAUGGCUUCAAAUGCUCUAUUAUUUGUCUCAAACACUGCAAAAUCUCUGAAACUAUGUUUGAAAUCAUCGAGACUUGUAAAAAAUAUACUUUACAUCAAAUAUAUUGGGGUAGAUAAUAAUUUAUCAGUUAUUAACAAGCAAAUUAUUGAUAUAUAUUCAAAGACUGCGACACAAAAUGCAAACCUAGAUAUAAGAUUGAUAUUAAAACCUUUGGAGGGUUUGAAAAAACUCCAAACAAAUCAUCCUAUUGAUAUGAUAUUGACUGAUACUAGAAUAGAAAAUCAAAAUCUUAAAAAACUUGUGUCAAAUAUAAGACCUGGAUGCCAACUGCAAACUAUUGAGACUGAAAAUGAAAUUGAAAGUAUGAAAGGUGAGCCAGUGAAGACUUAUGAAUAUGUAGCUCUUGGCGGUACAUUUGAUCGUCUUCACAAUGGCCACAAGAUACUUCUAUCACAGGCUGCCUUGAGGGCAACAAAACAUGUAACAGUUGGUGUCACGGAUGUUAAUAUGAUUCAAUCAAAGAUACUAUGGGAACUAAUACAGCCAGUUGAAGUAAGAAUCAAAGCUGUAAAGGAUUUCCUCACUGAUAUAAAUCCAGACUUGGAAUACAAUGUCCUAGCUAUACAGGACUUGUAUGGACCAACGAAGGAUGAUCCUAGAUUUGAAACGAAGUCCCCAGAAGAUGGAGAUACAGGAGGGGAAACUCCGCCAGGAAACGGCUCAAUCUUCACAAUGACGCUAAAGAAUAAUCAUCUUAUUGUAGAAACGGAAGAGAGGAAUGAUAUCACUAAGAAUGGACGGGCAACAAAAAUGAAGUACUCACCCGACAACGACGGAAUCUUCGUAGUUGAAGUUCAACAAUCAAACUCUUACAGACCUAAUAAUAAAAACCUCCAAAAUUCACAUAUUCAGGACCCUCAGAUAUCUACAAAUCAAGCUCUUAUCCACCGUGUACCAGAUGAGUACGAAAAGCGCAUCGUUGAAGACGAUAGCGAAAGAAGUAGUGAAAAAUUUGAUCGACAAUUGGCGUUAUCCAGUACAGGACUUUCCAUCUCAGAUCUUAGUAUGUCCUCGAUGGGCUCUCAUAAUGUUACCUAUUCGUACAGCAGUCAGAUCGGAUACGAACAAGGGCCGUUCGGAUAUCCAAUAUACCCAGGCUAUGAUGUGUCAAAAGACGAUACCGCCGAAAGUUUAAUUCACGAUAGCUCACAAGAACCUUUAAUUGGUAAAACGCCAACUGAUCCCGAUAAACCAGUUGUUACAGCCGCAAUUUUCAAACAAGAUUCUGUAAUCAGUAAUGAUUUACUACAAGGGCCAAUAUAUUGUAUCGAAGGUUCGUCGGAUGGCCCCUUACUAUCUGAUGUUCAAGCGAGAGAGAUAAGUCUCCAAAAAAUUCACGAUAAGAAAGAAAAGAACAUGGAAAACGGCGUAGCAGUGGCCGUGGCUGAAAAAUUUGAGAGCCCAAUAAAAAUAUUCACGCGAUUUGAUUCAGUUGCAAAUCCAGAUGUAAAUAUCAAGGAGACAAAUACGGCAGAUAUUCCUAAAGAUAUUUUAAAAGGUAAACGUGCAUCUUUACCCGUGAUUCGAACUGAAAUGUAUGAAUCUGUGAAAGAUGUUAUUCAAGCUGGUUCACCAAAGUUUGAGAGAUUGAAUAAUGAUAUGUCGCCAGGUGAGGUGUUUUAUGAUACCCCUCCGAUGAUAACAAUUACAGAAGAGAGCGAAUCGAAGCCAGAAGAUACUAGUUAA